CUCUCUAUUGUUCUUAUGUGGCUUUACUGUGAUGAAAAAGACCUCAUUCAAUAUCAAUUACAAACGUUUCUUAGAAUACUUAAGGUCGUUUUAUCGAGCUGUUUCGCCAGUUAAUGCAAUACACUGACUGAUGGGUUGUACGCUGAUGAACGGACGAAAAAAAAAUCUGGGAGUUAUUUUCUAUAUUGAUACUUCGUGCGUCAGUGAAUUUAUACUCUUGUAUGAAUAAUAGCAAUAAAGAGAUUGUUCUUCACUUCAAGCGCGCCGCCCUUUAAUUCGACUUGAGUUUUAUCGUCUGGACCAAUCAGAACUGCUAUGAGCUAUGUACUAUCUUAAGCGCUAUUGUGAAGUAAUUUUAAUACCCCCAAACUCACAUUCCAAAGAACUGAGCAAUGAUAUAUAGCUAAUACAACGCAGACGACAGUUUUAAUAGCUUGAACUCUACGGAGACACACGGGAUUGUUAAUAAUAGCGCGCGCCAAAAAUACGGCUUGGACGACAUUUAAGAUGCAGAUCAGCAAUGUUUGGCUUUUCAGUCUCCUUCUAUUUACAUUUCCGACCCAUUCGACAUCUCACUGGUGGUUUAUGUCGCAAGUGUUCGCAUUGGGUGCUAAAAUCAUGUGUAAUAACAUUGCCGGACUGGUUAACUACCAACGGCAACUCUGCCGAGAGAACCCAGAUGUUAUGGUUAGCAUCGGAAAAGGUGCAAAGCUCGGUGUAGAGGAAUGUCAGCAUCAGUUUAAAGACCAAAGAUGGAAUUGUUCUACUGUGGCGCGAGAUGUGAGCGUGUUUGGAAAAGUUAUGCGUAGAGCGAGCAGGGAGAGCGCGUUCGUGUAUGCCAUUUCUUCAGCUGGUGUUGUUCAUGAAGUGACACGCGCGUGUAGUCGCGGCGAACUUAGAGAUUGCACUUGCGACACGAAUCGCAAAGGAAGAAGUCGGAAAGGCUUCGAGUGGGGUGGAUGUAGCGACAACAUUGCCUACGGUCUGAGAUUUGCCAAGUUAUUUGUGGAUUCUCGGGAACGAGAGCGAGACGCCAGAGCAAAGAUGAACCUCCACAACAACUUUGUCGGACGAAGGGCUGUAAAAAUGCAUACGAGUUUGGACUGUAAGUGUCAUGGAGUGUCCGGCUCAUGUCAAGUGAAGACUUGUUGGAAAGUCAUGGCUCCUUUUGAUGUGGUGGGAAUCUACCUCCGCAACAAAUAUCACAAUGGCGUCCUCGUCACCGUGGAUCAGGGCGGUAAUGAGCUCGUAAUGGCUGAGAGGUAUCCAAUAAAACCUCCACGUGACGAUCUCGUGUUCUUAGAGGAGUCCCCGGAUUACUGCGUUCCCAACUCCAACACCGGCUCGCUGGGCACGACGGGAAGGGUUUGUAACAGGACCACUCCGGGUCACGGGAGCUGCGGGAUUCUGUGCUGCGGGCGCGGGUUUAACACGAUUCAAAUCGAGGAGGAGUAUAAGUGCUCUUGCAAGUUUCACUGGUGUUGUUACGUGAAGUGCAAAACUUGCAGAAGAACUGUGGAUAAACACAUGUGCAAAUCACCCGAGGAUGAUGUCACUCCGUACAACUCGGCCCUUCAAGUUUCCGCGGCUAACGCAGAUCGCGUUAACAACCAAAACAGACCUCCUAAAAAUUCCAAGAAAAACAACAAGAGAAGAAAGUCGAAUAAGAAUAAGAAGAGAGGCGCUUCGGGCACGUCGAGCAACAGUCUCGACGGCGGUAACGGAGGAAACAAAAUGUUAUGAUAAGAACUGCAACGCUAACAGAAAGGACCAGUGGUGCAGAUUACUUGAAGUGGCUUUCAUUUCAUUGUCGGCUAUUAGCCAAUGAGCAAAGAAUAAGCCAUUUUCAAGUUACCUUGUGCCUCUGUUUGAAAACGAGUCCUCGACCAAAACCUUUCAUUUUAAAGUGAGCUUGAUUUACAGGAAAAUGACCCUGUAGGCGGAACACACUUUCAAAUGAACGGUUUCGAACAAGGACUAAGUUUUGACACAGAGGAAAACGGAAACUCGGAAACACAAACAACGAAAAACGGAAGGGAUUUGAACUGCGCGGAAGGAUGAGAUCCGUUCUAGCUGGAAAAGUAGAGGUUACAUAUAAAAGAAACUUGAUGGCAUUUCAUUAAAGAACAUUGCUAAGAUUUGAAAAAAAGAGUCCGUAUUAGAUAGUGCGGGAGAAGUCAGUGGACAUAAAAAAAUAGACAAUAUUUAAAUACAAAAAGAUCCAGAUUGGAUUGUAUCGCAUUCCUUUACUUCUAAGGAGUUGUAUAAAUAAAUAUGGACCAUGGAAUUCGUAAAUGGUUAAUAUGCGGAAUAACAGUUAAGCUCGCGAAUCAAAUUUAGGCUGGUCGGUUUCAAAGCGAUUUCGUUUUUAAUAUAAUUUUCUGAGCGUUCGAUGAUCAACGACAAUUUUUUUUCGUAUUGAUUGAUAUUUAUCCAUUUAAACAUUGUAUUUAUGUAAAUAUUUAAAUUCAGCUAGUGCCAAGACAGGUGCAAUGACGAGGGAAUGCUUGUAAGUUGUGCCGAAGCACAUGUGUUUUCAAGGACAAACGUUCAACGAUCUAGAUUUGAAAAACAAAAUAAAAUUCACAUCAUGAAAUCUGACGUAUAACUUCACUUAUAAUCAGGAGCCAUAAUCCAUCAAAUAUUUUCUCUCGCACGCGAUAAUAUUUCCCAGCUAAAACUGGGGAGUAGUCGAGGAUAUUCUCCAAUUUUCAAAACCGCGCGUGUUGCGAAGAAUAUUUGAAGGGUAAUAAACACAAUGGCCUCCAUUUGGCGCAAAA